AUGACAGACGGCAAAAGUCCCCCGCUGGCUCAGAAGGCCAAGGAACGACUGUCAGCUGUAGCAGAUACGUUGACCGGACAGCCACACUUCACCUUUCCAACCUUUGACCAACUACCGAAAGUCGAAGGCCAACCACAAGGCUGUGCUUGGGGCCUAUUCGACAAGAAUGGCGUGAAAGACCAAGUCGGAACGCUGAACUUACUGACGCCAGAUGUCGUGCGGCAAGCAUCAUCUGAGAUUCGAACGGGCCAGCACGUCCAGCUCGACUGGUGCCUCUCGGACAACGUGGAGUUUCCCGGAUUCGGUAGGAGGAAGUUCGAGCAAAAGGUCAUCGACACGAGAGCUGCGACCAAGGGCGCCAUCGCCGGGUUCGAUGAUGAAGUGUACAUGAACACGCAAAGUGGAAGCCAGUGGGAUUCUCUGAAGCACUUUGCUCACCAGAAGACGCAAAUGUAUUACAACGGCCUGUCUCAUGACGAGGCACUCAAAAGUGACACCAAUGGCAUCCACAACAUCUGCGAAAGGGGCGGCAUUGUGGGUCGUGGCGUCCUCAUUGACUGGCUGUCCUGGUAUGAGAAGGUGCAUGGAAAGCCUCCUUCCCCGGUCUCCAGACACGAGAUUCCUGUCUCUGAACUGGAAGACUGUUUGCGAUCACAGGGCACCAGCACCAGGCCUGGCGAUAUACUCCUCGUCCGGACUGGGUACACUCGAUGGCACAAUUAUGCAAAUCCUGAGGAGCGAAAACGCGGCACGAAGGAUAGUGCAUUGGCAAUCGGGCUGCAGAACAAUGAGACCACCGUGAGGUGGCUGUAUGACCAUCACUUUGCUGCUGUAGCAUCAGACACCAUUGCUUUCGAGGCCUGGCCGCCGCCAUUCAAGAAGGGUUGGGUCCUUCACGAAUGGUUGUUGGUGCAAUGGGGCACACCUAUAGGUCAGUGCGGCCGAGUGAUGUUCUCUCCAUGCAAGAACCUGCUAAACAUCAUUGCAGGGGAACUUUGGAACUUGGAAGAAUUGAGCAGACUCUGUGAACAACAGAAGAAGUAUACAUUCUUCAUCACUAGCGCGCCGCUUCAUGUCCGCGGGGGCAUAGGAAGCCCUCCCGGGGCUAUCGCCAUACUCUAG